AUGAGCUAUAUCAAAGAACAUUAUCUCACUCUGAAGGAAGUAUCUGAAGCAAUACAAGUUCACAGCGUUCCCGUUAUCAACGACCCUCCACCGUCGAAUGCAUCACGGCAUGAAUUCCACCUGGUCAGGGCUCCAAGGCUCUCCGUAUUACCCCCGUUGGACACACUGGAAUUCGGUAAGAAGUUCUCAGAUCAUAUGCUGGAGAUCGACUAUAAUAUUGCCACUGGAUGGGCGAGACCACGUAUAAUGCCGAUGAGCAAUAUCAAGCUGCAUCCGGCAUCCCCUGUACUUCACAAUGCAGUGGGAUGCUUUGAGGGAGUGAAAGUAUACAGGGUACCUGAGGGCAUCAGAGAGUUCCGCCUGUCCAGUAACAUCGCUCGAUUCGCCACUUCCAUCAGACGCGGCGCGAUGGCCGAUCUCACCAAACGCGAUGAGCAGUCCAUAUAUGAGCUCAUCAGGGAGCUUAUUCUCAUUGACGAGCACAUGAUACCAUCAGAACCUGGUUAUUCUCUCUACAUUCGUCCAACGUGUAUUGGAACUCAAGCUAGUCUUGGGGUAUUUCCCCCUACAGCUGCCAAAAUAUUCGUCAUCACCUGUCCUGUCGGCCCGUAG